AACGGUUCAACCCUUUCAAUAUUGAUGCUAUACAUAUGUAUCUACCCGUAGUUGGCCAUGAUCCACUGACCUACAUACUACCUAUACUUACUUUAACGACUAUCAUUCCCAACGAAACCAAGAGAACAGCGCACAUGCAUUUCUUUGAAGGGAUAGCAUCCAUGAGAUAUUAUCCGUGGAUGAAAGUUGUGUACCUAAGAUUCAUAGUCCCUUGCCUACCUUACAUGGUGGCUAUAGCAAACUAACCUAGUUAAAGCCAAAGUCCCCAAACAUUUCCUGCAAGACUUACGUGGAGGAAGCAACGGAACCAGUCUCUACUAAUUAGAGGUUAGGUCAAGCUGGUCAACCACUUAAAGCUACCAAGGUCCGCUGCCGGUCCCGU